AAAUGCUACAUCAUGUUGAUAUAAUUCUUAAGGUUACAGGUCAUGAGAUAUAAAACUUGUUGGUUCGAGGGGCUCUGCCAUUUUAUCGUUGAGGAGCGAGCGGAGAAAAUCGGCACUCUGCAUAAUGAACCUCGAGCAAGUGGCCUCAGUUGACUUGACGUGCACGAAAGGCAACGGCACAGCAGCCGUGCUCUUUGCCACACUCCUCAGCUCUCUGAUCGGCAAACAAUGCAGGCUAAAUAACCCCAACCAGUAUCCAACAGACACCCCAGCUGACCAAUUCCUGCCCGAGUACGAUUUUAUCGUAAUUGGGGCGGGCAGCGCGGGCGCCGCCGUUGCAGGAAGGCUAAGUGAGGCGGAAAAUUGGAACGUGCUGCUACUGGAGGCCGGCGACAACCCCGGUCUGACGUCCGAGGUGCCGGUGCUCUUUUUCGAAUCGCAGCACACGCAGGACGACUGGGAGUUUUGGCCCGAGGCCGAUGGCAAAAGCUGCCUGGGCAUGGAGGGUGGUCGGUGCUACUGGCCGCGCGGGAAGGCGCUCGGCGGCACCUCUGUGCUCAACGCCAUGAUCUACGUAAGGGGCAACAAACACGACUACGACAACUGGGAGCGGAUGGGAAACACUGGCUGGGGCUACGAGGAGGUGCUCAAGUACUUCAAAAAGUCGGAGAACGCAGAUAAGUCAGAUGAAUUCCACGCGAAAGGCGGCCCUCUCGAGGCCAAAGUCUACAAGAACGGCGAGCCCAAGUUAAUUUCUGACUUUUUCUACGACGCAGCCAAGGAACUUGGCUACGAGAAGAUCGACGUCAACUCGGCAACCCCCGUCGGAUACGGCACCGCACCGUCCACGCAAAAGGACAACGUCCGAUUCAACACGGCUAAAGCUUUCCUCAGCCCUGCAAAGGAUAGGCGGAAUUUGCACAUCUCUAAAAACUCGCACGUUACGAAAUUGCGUUUCGACAAGAAUGAGAAUAGGAUAACCGGCGUGGAGUUUGUCAAAGGCGGUGAGAAACAGUACGCAAAGGCCACCAAAGAGGUCGUCUUGUCAGCUGGAGCCAUCGGUUCACCACACAUCCUGUUGCUAUCUGGCAUCGGACCGCAGCAGCAUUUGAAUGAGAUUGGCAUCGACGUCAUCAAGGAUGCUCCUUUUGUCGGCAAGAAUCUGCAAGACCACAUUCUCUUCCUGGGAAACAUUUUUGCAUUGACAAACGUCAACCUGAAAACUGCAGAUCCCGAGCAGUUCAAGGUGGAGGAAUUUUUCAAGUACCUGAUGCACAGGACCGGAUACUACUCGACAAUAGGCACCUACGAUUUCAUGUCAUUCAUCAACACGCCUCUCAACAAGGACAACCCCCAGCACCCUGAUAUUCAGAUUCACCACUUGAUAGUAAUGGCGAAAGACCCUCUAGUAUGGCCUCUGUUCCUUAAAAAUCAGGGCUACAAUCAGGAAACGCGUGACUACCUACAGCAGCUGAACGAAAACCACACUCUCUUCAGCCCUGUCAUCACGCUGUUGCGACCAGAGAGCGCAGGAGAAGUGAAACUAAAAUCAUCCAACCCUAUCGAAAAACCUUUGAUCUUCGCCAAUUACUUUUCUCACGACGACGACGUACACCGAGUAAUAGAAGCCAUUAAGUAUCACAAACGCUUUGCCAAAACAGAGGCAAUGGCGAAACUGGGCAUUAAACGUGUGGACUAUCUUCCCGCGUGCGCGAAAUUCGACAAGGAUUCGGACGAGUACCACGAGUGCGCACUCAGGCAAAUCGGAUCGACUAUCUACCACCCCGUAGGCACCUGCAAAAUGGGAGCCGAUCCACUGAUGUCCGUUGUGGAUCCUGAGCUCAGGGUGCAUGGCAUCAAGGGGCUUAGGGUGGCCGAUGCCUCCAUCAUGCCGAAAAUCGUGUCAGGAAAUACCAACGCGCCGUCCAUCAUGAUAGGAGAGAGGGCCGCCGAUUUUAUUAAGAAGGCUUGGCUGUAGCAUGGUAAAAAAGUGAAUUGUGUUGCUUUUGUGAAUGCUCAUUAAAUAGAAAACCAAAACGGGUGUAAAUUUUGAACAAA